UCAAACGACUGAGUCGUUGGUCUCUGCUCUCUUAAAACCGCGUCUUCCCAAAAAAAAAAAACCCAAUAUCUAAAUCCACCUCCUCUUCCAAUAAUCCAAAACAUCUCUCUCUCUCUCUCUCUCUCUAUCUCUCUCUCUCUCUGAUUACAAUGAGAUUUUCCAUCUCCAACACACACGACGCUUCAUUUCCAUGGCUCCUCAGCUCCCCCGCUAUCUUCUCUUAGUAGUCUUUUCUCUGUCUCUUUCUACUCUUCCCACCCUUUCUACUCCUCUCUCUACUUUUUCUAUCUCCCAUACCACUAAUCGCACCUUAAUCUGUGCACUAAUCCCCUCAAUCAACGGUUCGCAAUCGUCCAUCGUCAAUUGUACUAGUUAUGGCCUCCAAGAUCCGAUAUCGAAUGCCAACCUCUCAUUUUAUGCGAUCGUAGGCGGAGACAGAUUCGUUUGCGGUCUCAUAUCCCCGGGCAGAUCGUCCAACGACACCAUUCGUUGCUGGAGAUUCUCUGAGAACGGUACAAUCACGAUGUCCCGAAGGGGCAUGCCUUAUCAAAGAGUCUACAACGGCCCCCCAAUUGAUGAGCUGGAAUCCGGCACGUCCAAUUUCUGUGGUAUUCUGAGCCGGACCCGCCGCAUUGCGUGCUGGCCACCCCUUGAACUCUCCCCGCUGGGCAACCAGAACUUCUCAUCGAUCGCCGUGGGAGGAGAUUUCGUAUGUGGGUUGACUGAUCAAGGCGCGGUCCGAUGCCUCAGGACUAAUUCGAAUGUGCUUGAAUCCGUGCCGAGUGGGAAUUUCACUGUCGUAGCAGCAGGAUCACGGCACGCGUGCGCAAUUCGGCUUAAUGAUACGGUCGUGUGUUGGGGGGAGAGGGUGGGGAUCGCUCCGGAGGGUAAAUUCCGUUCGUUGGCGUUGGGAGACCGACGUAGCUGCGCUCUCGACGCCAAUGGAUCUGCCGUUUGUUGGGGCGACCGCAAUUUCACGUUGCCGGGAUAUCUUGCACAGGCGGAGUUUGUUGAAAUUCAAGCGAAGGGAAGUGUUUUCUGUGGGAUAUUAACAUUCAAUUAUUCAUUGGUUUGUUGGGGUAAUUUGCAUUUCGAGCCUAAUCAAACGGUCUUCGGUAGAGUAUUGCCUGGGCCAUGCACUUCAAAUGAAUGUCCAUGUGGAAUCCUGGACGGUUCCGGCACCCUCUGUAUAAACAGUCAGAUCUGCAAACGUUGUGAACCCGAAACAGAUCCACCGGGUCCAUUGCCGCCUACCAUCCCCGGAUCCGACGGUAGGAGGAAUGGGACGAAUGACAGGAGGGUGGCUUUCCUAGUGGUGGGCAUUGUCGGCACUACGAUUGGUGUAGCUGCUGUAGCUUGGUUCUUGUUGUUUCGGGUCUGUAAAGUGAGAGGUUGUCGGAUCCAUGAUUCGGGCCGUUUAGAUGACGCCGCGCAAGUUCCGUCACAUGCUCCGAGCAUGCGAGCCAUUUCUCGCAUCGCGUCUAUGCAACCCCAGCUGGAUAAACGGCUCAGCAAGCUAAUCAGCAUGGGCGCGGGCGGCAACCUAGAAGAAUUCUCCCUCCCAAUGUUACUCCAAAUCACAAACAAUUUCUCCGAUGAUCAUAAGAUCGGCACCGGUAGUUUCGGGUCCGUGUACCGGGCCACACUCGAUGAUGAUCGAGAUGUAGCGAUCAAGCGAGCUGAGCUAACUGCUCCAUCAUCAUACGCCGGAUGGAUAGGCACCAAGCGCCAAGAGAAGCAAUCCGCAUUCCUAGCCGAGCUAGCUCUGCUGUCUCGACUCAACCACAAGAACCUGGUCCGGCUAAUCGGGUUCUGCGAUAGCGAGCAUGAGAGCGUGCUUGUAUAUGACUACCUUCCCAACGGCACCUUGCAUGACCACCUCCACAAGCUAGAAAGCUCGCCGCUCAUUUCAUGGACGGCUCGGCUCAAGGUGGCUUUGGACGCGGCUAGAGGAAUCGAGUACCUCCACACGUACGCAGUCCCACCAAUCAUCCACCGCGAUAUAAAGUCAUCCAACAUACUACUCGAUGCCACGUGGACGGCUAAGGUCUCUGAUUUCGGACUGUCUUUGAUGGGCCCUGACGAUGAGGAAUCUCACCUAUCGUUACGUGCCGCUGGUACGGUUGGCUACAUGGACCCUGAGUACUACCGGCUCCAGCAGCUGACUACAAAGAGCGAUGUCUAUAGCUUUGGCGUUGUGUUGCUGGAAUUGCUAACCGGUUACAAAGCCAUCCAUCGCGACGGAGGUGGGCCACGCAACGUCGUUGAUUUCGCUGUCCCUUACAUUGUAACGGACGAGAUCCACCAGAUUCUAGACCGGAAGCUGCCACCCCCGACCCCUAAUGAGAUCGAGGCCGUUGUUUACGUGGGCUAUCUCGCUGCUGACUGCGUAAGUCUCGAGGGCCAAAAUCGACCGUCCAUGACCGAGAUCGUAAACUACCUGGAACGAGCACUGGCCGCGUGCCUGGUGCAGCCGCCGUCUAUCUCUCGGUCCACAACGCGGUCUGGUGCAUGUAGCCCGUGACACACGUUUCACACGUGUAUACAUGUAUAUGAGGGAGGGUAACCUCACGGUGGGCAUUGUGUGGCCCACCUCAUUUGUCAAUAUGAAAUUCAUUUUUGAUCUCAUUUGUUGAUUGAAUCCAAACGAAAAAGUGUAUGAUAAAGCCUACCAAAUAAGAAACGGAUCUUCCAGAAUUUAAGUUUUUA